CUGCUGGGCCCCCAUUUGGAGCCCUUUGCAACGGGGAGGCUGGCUGCUGUUUACGCUUCUGUUCCUGAAUGUGUUUUCAGGUUUGGUCCCGGUGGGGAAGAUUAUUAUUACUCUCGGUGGAAAACAGGGUUGGGUAUAAUGCAUGUCCACGGAUUGUCAACUAGCUCAUUGGAUGCUCUGAAAAUUAAUAAUGCGCCUUCAUUAGAUAGUUUACUAUAUGCGUAAAAAUCACACUGGGAUAUUUCAAUACAGUAACAUUUGGCAAUAAUGAGCCAGACAGAGAACAAUGAGCAAGAGAUUCCUCCAUAUCUUAACAGUGAACCCCCAGAAGAUUCAGUAAAAGAUCAUCCACAACAGCAGCCUGGCAUGCUUACCCGGGUGACUGGUGGCCUCUUCAGCAUAACUAAGGGAGCUGUCGGUGCCACAAUUGGUGGUGUAGCAUGGAUAGGAGGGAAAAGCUUUGAAGUGACCAAAACAGCAGUCACAGCUGUGCCUUCCUUGGGAGUGGGAUUAGUUAAAGGAAGUGUUUCAGUUGUGACAGGAAGUGUUACAGCUGUAGGAUCUGCUAUCUCAAGCAAAGUGCCUUUAACUGGGAAGAAAAAGGAUAAAUCUGAUUAAAGAGAUUCAGAACUGUUUGUAUGAGAACCUUGUGUAGCUAUGGGAUCUACACGAUUUGGAUUGCUGUAAGGUCACCAAUAUGGAGGAAUAUCUAAAGAACUGAAAGAAUUACUUUCUCCUACGAGGGACAUAAGCAGUAUCACAGAAACUUUAGAUUUCUUCAGGAACUUGUCUGGUGAAAUGUUACACUUGAUUUUAAAAAAAGGAAUCAAGUACUGUACAUGGAUCUGAAGGAGUGGCUCAUGUUUGAACAUUAAUUCACUUUUCAAAACCUUGAAUUAAAAAUGUGAAAAUAGAAGUGAAGGGAAUGACUUGGCAAAAAGUUAAGCACUUCACAGUUCUGAUGAUAUAGCUUCUUUUAAAAUAAUUUUAGCAUUAAAGUGCUUAAAUAUUAGCCUGAUUAUGCCCUUAAUUGGUUGCCUCUGCCAUACAGAUACAUUGAUGUUCUAGCUUCAAGCCUAUGAUGUCUAUAUUUUUUGGAAAACAGUCCUUAAAUUCCCUAUAGAGUCCUUAUGUAUCUUUGCUUUUUCAAACUAUUUUUAUACACACUAAAUUCUUUAGAAGUCAACUGUCACAAGGGUGUGUUUGUGUGUGCGCACACGCAUGUAUAGUAUAUUGAGUCAAAUCAUUCAUGCCUUAUGGUGAAAAACAAUCUAUUUUUUACUUAGAGAACCUUUUAAAGUUUUUGUAAUGUCUGUCAUUUCAAAGCAGUCUGUAGAAGGAGUUUUACACUUUUUUAAUCUGUUGAUACUGACAAAGAAAGACUGCUAAAUCUCAGGUGUAGCUUACUGAUGUUCUCACCUGCAAAAUGAAAAGCCCUUUAUGUUUUUAGGUUGCUCAACUGAAAAUUAAUUCCAAGUUUACAUUAAGACAAUAUUGAGUAACUUUCCGCUGUAAAAUAAAAACACUUCUGUGAUUUAUAGCCUCAAGGUACAAAUGUGUACGAUCUUAUUUCCUGAGUACAUAAUGCAAAUACAGCAAUUGCUGUUGCUGUGCAUAAUCUGUUUACUCGAGUAUCGCCCAUUAUCACUAGAGAUUUUGUAGAAGUUGAUGAAUUAUGUUUUACAUUUUCAGUGAUAAUUAGCAUAAAAAUAUUUUAUACAAAUAAUACCUCAGCAGGUAGGUUUGCUGAAUGGCACCCAUGACCAAUAAUGAUAAAAACAAGUGAUUUACAGAGAAACGUAUUUCAUGCAUACAGUUUCAAAGUUUUCUGAGCAAGACAUACAGUAGAUACAUCUCUUCCUGUCUUCUUCCUAAUCCCUAAUCCAUUAAAUCAGGAUAGGUAGUUCUUUGUACUCAGUGGGCUAUAUUGUGGAUUUAUUGGAUUGAUAUCUUUCAGUUUUGUUUAGAAGCUCUUUAGCAUGUUUCUAUUGACUUUGUAGCAUUUUGGUAGUCCUUAAAAAAGACUGAAGUUCACAUGAUUAUUCUGUAUGCAAUGUUUCUUAAAAUAUAUGUUGAAAACAUGCAAAUCUGGUUGGAAUAGUUGUGAUUAUAAACACUAAAUUAACAGAUGAUGUCUUGUAAAAGUAAUGACCAAAAACUCUCCCUUGUCUAAAAUUACAUAUUCAUAAAUUAAAUUAAUUCGAUAUAAUUUAUUAUAUUGUUGCAAUUUGUAUUUUACCUGCCAAAGAUCCAUAGCUCAGUGAUAAGAGCAUAUAUUGUUCAUGGAAUGGAUUUAUAUUUAAUUCUUAGCAUCUCUAGUUGAAAAGAAUUAUCAAUACUGUGCUGUUGGUAACUGACUUGGAUUUGCUAAACCACUAGCUUGACAAUAUCAAGCAACAUCAUAUGCUCACCAGAACAUAGAAUAUUUUUAUGGCCCAAAGGCAUCAUUAAAGCUUCAACUAAAAAAAAUAUAUAAAACAGAUUUUAUAAUACCAUAUGAACUAGGAGUGAGUUUGUAAAUAGUAUUUAAUUAGGAGACUGGAUUACAAUAACAAUGUGCCUAGAUUAGAGAGUUUAUCAGACAAUCUUCAUAUUGGAUACCUUGGCUAGCAUUUAGAUACUCUUGUCAUUUUACUACUCAACCAUUCCCUAAUAAAUGUGUAUCUUAAAGCAUAUGUAAAAAGAAUAAAAUGUGUAUGCGUUCUUUUUAGAAAUGUUUACUAAAGGUUUUAGUGUUCUGAACACCUGAAUGGUUUGCAUAUGGAAAUUGUAUUUAUAGAAGGAUUAGCCACAGGCAUAAAAAUUACAAACAUAUUGAUGUACAUUAAGAACUGACAUUUGAUAUUUCUUUGACGUUGACUUUUAAUGAUAAAAGAUCUUAAGGUAUAGUAUCUGGAUUAAUGUGCUUAGAAUAAGGAAUAGAGAAAUCUAGUAUGGUAAGGUGCCAAUGUCAAUAUGCCUCAGCAGGCAUCUCUCUUAGCAUCCAUCAGAUUCCUUAUCCCUCCCUGUUCAUAUCAAGCAUGUUUGGAAAAUUGUAUUUUUCAUUGAAGCAAAUCUCAUUGUGCUUUCUGAUAAAUGGAUGCCUUGUAACAUUCCCAUGCCAACUACUUUGUGAGAUGCUGUCAAGAUAAACCCAUUGAUCCCAUAAAGUGUCUUUUUACUGAUGGACAGAAUGACAUAAUGAAAUAUUACCCUCAUUUUUUGUAUUGAUUCUUGAUUGCAUUAUCAUUCAGCAUUGAGUUGAAGAAACUACUUGGGGACAAUUGAGUGGAACCUAUGAAAUCAAGAAUACUAAACUCCAGGGCCUCAUCCCAUUUCUGUACAUUGAUUUCUUUUUAAAUGCAUGAAUUUUCAUGUAGUUCUUAAUAUUAUAGUUGUCAUGCUUGAUAUUUAGGAAAAAAAAUAGCAUAGUUAAAUAAAUAUAGUAUGUGCUACGUGCAAAUUCAAAGCUAGGCUUUCUAUGUAGUUGUGAGAUGUGCCAUUCUGUUCCUUGUGUCUUCAUUCCUACAAUCAUUGAAUUCAUAUGUACCAGGUUGAUUCCAAAUUAUUUAAAAUGCCACAGAGAAUAUUGAUAAAAUAGAUCAUGCAUAUACUCAAGAUCUGUGAAAGAAAAAGGUUAUGUGGUUACUAAGACAUGACACUGAUUUGAUGGCACACAAUAGUCAAGGAGGUAUUUCUAAUUAGCAGGAAUUACAUAUCACUUAAUUAUGCAUAAUCUAACCUAUUUAUACAAUAAACAAUAUAUUCUCAA